AUGUCCGACUACUCUGGCUCACCGUCCGACCACAUGGAGUCCCAGCCACCGAAACGCAAAGCUACCACAGCCGGCCUUGAUGGAAACACAACUGGACGUUCAGUGAAACGAAGAGCUUCGAAAGCAUGUCAAUGUUGUCGAGCUCGAAAAGUUCGGUGCAACGUCACAGAGCAUGGCGCACCCUGCACGAACUGCCGAUUGGACGAAGUCGACUGCAUCGUGUCUGAGAGCAGGCGUAAGAAGAAAUGGAACAAAGACGACGAACCACAGACAGAGACUACAACCACAACAACAAAUGUAACUCGCAAGCUCGCAUCGCGUGAUGCUCUCGACAGCGGACAGUCACUCAACCCUGCUUCGUUGCGGGGAUCGCAAGAUGUAGAGACUCGCAUGAAUGAGCAUGUUCCUCACUCCAUAUAUCAAAGUCAUGGACACCGCAACUUCUCCGUUCCUAAUAUCUCGGAUUUACACCGCCGCAUGUCUGUAACUUCACAAAUCAACGGUCUGCCAACGUUUCCUUUCACACCCUUCUCGAACGAUGACGGGAAACCAUUUCUCAGUAACUUUGGUCAAAAGCUUCCUUCGGGGCAACUCCCUCGAUUCAUCAAGCCGUUGCCAGCCAAGAUUGGACCUGAAGAGAUUUCCUAUCUGGAGACGAAGGGUGCCUUGACUGUACCCAAAGGAACCUUGCGCAGUGAGAUGCUCCGAGCUUAUGUUGAAUUUGUUCACCCGUACAUGCCACUUCUGGAUCUGCACGACUUCUUGAGAGUAAUCGACCGAUCAGAUGGAAGCAAAGGAAAGGUUAGCUUGAUUCUGUUUCAAGCAGUCAUGUUUGCAGGUUCAGCAUUCGUCGAUAUGUCACAUUUGCGUUCUGCAGGCUACGCUACUCGAAAAGAGGCUCGCAAGGAUUUCUUCCAAAAGACUAGAAUCUUGUACGACUUCGAUUACGAAUCUGACCGGGUUUCAUUAGUCCAGGCCCUACUUCUCCUGACUUACUACUAUGAAACACCUGACGACCAGAAAGACACAUGGCACUGGAUGGGUGUAGCUACAUCCGUAGCGCACACCAUCGGACUCCACCGCAACCCAGACAACACCAAUCUGGACUGCAAGCGCGUCAAGCUAUGGAAGCGUAUUUGGUGGUCGACUUACAUGCGCGACCGUCUCAUUGCCCUUGGCAUGCGGCGACCCACACGCAUAAAGCCCGAGGACUUCGACGUACCUAUGCUGACGUUGGAUGAUUUCGAAAUUGCACCGAUCCCUGACUCGAUCACAUGCAUACCAGCCGACUGCAAGGUAGCCAGAGAUGUUGAUGUUCAGCGUAAAUUGGCUAUCAUGUGUAUCGAGAAGGCACGACUCUGCCUUUGCAUCUCACAUGUUUUGUCGAAGCAGUACUGCGUCCUCAACAACAACCACGGUCUUCAGAAUGACCGAACCACGAUGAUGCUGCUUCCGAAGAAGCUUGAUCCUGCCACAAGCGAGGUCAAGACCUGCGAUGAAGAGCUUCAAAAGUGGGUAAACGAACUGCACGAAGAGGCGAAGUACACAGACAAGGCCUCAGGCGAGGCAGCCAUCGAUCUGGCGCGCUCACUGCUACACAUGGUCUUCUUCACUACACUGUCAGCCUUACAUCGACCCCAGGUUCUACCAAACUCGCAAGGUGGACCAGCCAGUGCACCGUCCAGGACUGACGUGGAAUCCGAUAUCCUCGAUGCCUCACGACGCAAUGUUCGCCGCGCCGCAUCAGCAAUCACAUCAAUAGCACAGCGCCUCGAUACCAGCGGAUUGGUCAAGUAUCUGCCAACCACUGGCGUUACAGUACUUCUCCCUGCCAUCAUUAUCCAUCUUCUCGACAUCAAGGCACCCGAGGAAGAGACACGCCGUAGUUCACUUCGUGGUUUCUGCCAGUGCAUGGCCGUGAUGGGCAAGCUGCGUGACCUCUACACUGCUGCCGACUACUCUGUCGCCUUCCUUGAAGCCGCGAUCCGCAAAGCCGGCAUCCACGUCGCGCCUACCUCUAUUCAGGCCUCGCCGAUGCCAAAGGCUAACCCCGUGACUUCCGUCGAAGACCUCGUCGACGCCGGCCGCCGUCUUGACAUGGUCAACACGACCACCGCCUCCCACCAACAGCAGCGCUCGACCCUCACACCGCCUCCCGAUGCCGGCACAACGAACAUGGCAACCCUCGAGAAAUUGCCCGGCCACGAGCCAAACGUCACCGAUGAGGAAGUCGCCCGCCGCCUCGAGACCUUCCUCGCCUCCACACCGCCAGAUUCGGACCACGAGCACCACGACCACACCAUGACAUCUAUUACAAUUUCGCAAGAUACACCCCUCACCCUCGCCACUGCACCUAAAGACGUUUCCUCGCACAACCACAACUCCAUGGGCGCAUUCAACAAGUGGAGCAUGCUCGACCUUCCGCCGAACCCCUUUCCGAACAUUAACCACCACCAAGACAAUGAGACUUUGUUCUCUAGUCUGCCACUAAACAACGAAAUCGACGAUGGCGAUUUUGAUUCUCUUUUGAACCUGGAUGCUGUGGGCGAGGCAUUUACUUUCGACGACGGAGUGCUUGAUCAUGGCGCGAGUUUGACUGCAGAGUUGGGGGAUGUUGACUGGCUCGACACCACAUAUGGACUUGCUGUUGACGCAUAA